GAUGCAAAAGAGAUUGGGAUGGUCUGACUUGCUGGCCUAGAGCCACUUUUGGGGAAGUGGUUAAAGUUCCCUGUCCAAGAUUUUUUGAAGAAAUCACUAAUAUCCAUGGCUUCCUUCAGAGAAACUGUACACAGGAGGCAUAUUGGUCAGAACCAUUCCCACCAUACACCGUUGCCUGUGGAUUUGAUGAAGAUUCCAGUAAAGGGCCUGAGGAUCAGAAAUCGUUUUAUUCUGCAUUUUGGCGCGUCUACACUGCUGGCUAUGCAGCAUCAGUGACUUCACUCAUUACAGCUCUAAUUGUCUUUGCUGCCUUCAGAAAAUUCCACUGUACCCGGAAUUACAUCCAUAUGCACCUGUUUGUCUCCUUUAUCCUGAGAGCAAUUGCUGUUUUCACCAAAGAUGCUGUUUUGUUUUCAGAUGAAACUAUGGACCACUGCCUAAUGUCAACGGUUGCUUGUAAGGCUGCUGUGGCAUUCUUCCAGUUCAGUAUUCUAGCCAAUUUCUUCUGGCUUCUUAUAGAAGGGAUAUACCUGCAAACACUGCUUUUAUUGACCUUUGUUUCAGACAAGCAGUAUGUGUGUUGGUUCGUAUUUACUGGCUGGGGAGCUCCCACUGCUGUGAUGUUUGCUUGGGUCCUCACAAGACUCCAUCGACAAAACACUGGAUGUUGGGAUGAUGAUGAAAAUGGAGUGAUGUUAUGGAUCAUCAAAGGCCCCAUUGUGCUAACUGUAGUAAUUAACUUCAUUAUAUUUAUUAAUGUGAUCAGAAUCCUAGUCCAUAAAUUGAAAUCUCAGGAGGGAGGAGGGAGCCAUUCAAGCCACUUUGUGAGACUUGCUAAAUCCACAUUACUCUUGAUCCCCCUCUUUGGAGUGCACUACAUUGUAUUUGCAUUUUUCCCAGAAAGCACUGGGCUGGAAGUUCGCCUUUAUAUUGAGUUGGGCUUGGGUUCUUUUCAGGGUUUUGUUGUCGCUUUUCUAUAUUGUUUUUCAAAUGCAGAGGUGAGUAGCAAGUAC